GCCGUGACCUUUGGCUUUGAAAUUGUUUAUAUUCAAGAGUUCGAUGAAGUUCAACAGAAACUCUCAAUUAUGGUGGUUCCAGGCUUAAACUGGACUGAUGAGUCAAUGAUGUGGAAUCCGGCGGAUUAUGGUGGUCUGUUUUCACUUAUUACGGAAAGUGGUCCUUUCUGGACACCAAAUCUUGUUUUGAGUAAUAGUUUCGAGGAGUGGAAACGUAUAGGCGCUGACUGGCAGACAAUUCGUUUCUAUCCAAACGGAGCGGCCUAUUAUUACCCAGGGGAGAUAUAUUCAAGCGUAUGUACUGUGGAUGUUACAUAUUACCCCUGGGAUAUACACAAAUGUCUUUUGUUUUUUUUCCCUCAAGGGCAUACACCAAGCGAAGUGUAUUUAACACUCAGUGGAAACAAAGUUUUAACGACGUAUUAUAUAGAAAAUGGAGGAUGGGCGUUUGUUGAUUCCAGGAUUACAACAAAUUAUUCCCCUUACUAUACAGAAAUCAUCAUUGAGCUUGUCUUUGAAAGAAAGCCUAGAUACGUCAUUAUUAAUUUAAUUAUGCCAAUUAUAUUUAUGGCAUUCCUAAGCAACGUGGUGUUUCUUAUUCCCGCAGACUGUGGUGAAAGAAUUUCCUACAGCAUAACUGUGCUGCUGGCAAUUGCUGUGUACCUGACAUUUGUUGGAGACAACCUUCCGAAAACCUCAAAUCCAAUGUCUUACUUCAGUUAUUAUCUACUAGCGAUGUUAGUAACAAGCAUUUGUAUCGCUUUGGCAACAAUUUUCAAUCUACGAAUAUACCAUAGUGACGAGUUAGAUCCAGUAACAGGAUGCUGGGCUAAGAUUGCUACAUGUUUCAAAGGUUUGAGAAGAAAAAGAAAAUCAAAAGAAACACAAUAUAAAGGGGCACAUCAAAACGGACAUGUUUCCCAAGGCAUUCGUGAAAAUGUUCACAAACCAGCCGCUUAUUUGCAUGUUCCAAAAGUGCACGGAACGUUGCAAGUCGGACGACAUUCGGACAUAGAAGAAAUAGCUACAUUUGAUGGUAGUUCGAAUAGCGACAAAAGUAUCUCCUGGAAAGAUGUAAGUGUAACUUUAGACAAGAUUUUCUUCGCGAUUUUCCUUAUAAUACUUACUGUUGCAACAGUUGUUUACGCUGUAAUAAUUUCUACAAGUGAGCGGGCAAAGGUAUCCGAAUGAUCUCACAACAUACGUGCAUUUCUUACUUGUCUACCAGAUCAUUGCUUUUCUAGAAACUGUCAAAUAUUAGUGAGGUUUUAAAUUAAAAAUUAAAAUCAAUCAGAAAACAAUGUGAAGUUCUGCUUUUUACACACA